UACAGAAUAGUUUAGAUUGGUUUAUUAAAACAAUUUGAAAUGGCUCGUAAACAGAAACAAUCUGGGAAAAAGAGAAGUACCAGAAAGAUCCAGGAUGCCUUCCAGAUUGCUCAAAGAGCUGAAAAUCAGGGAGAUUCUGACAAUUCUGGUAACGAAAGUGAUGAUCUUGUAGUGAGAGAUGGGGUGAUGAAUGCUAGAAAAUUUUUAGGAAAGGGCAAAGAAGAUCAAGAUGGAAGUGAUGAUGAUGAAGAAAUUGAUUCUGAUGAAGCUUUAGGUUCGGAUGAUGACUAUGAUGUUCUUAAUUCUAAGUUUUCCCAAACUAUCAGAGAUAAAGCUAAGAAGGCCAAGAAGAGGGCUCGUGACAAUAAGAGAGGAAAGGCUCAUUCUGAUAGCGAUGAUAGUGAUGAAGAUGAAGUAUACGAUAGUAUUGAUGAAUCCCAAUUCGUUGGGUUGUCCGAAGCUUGGGACAUGGAUGACAAGGACUUGGCUAAAGUGAAGCAAAAUAAGGAUAAAAAUGGAGAACUGAAUGAUGUAGUGUUAGAUGAUAAAUGGGAAAGUGAAAGCUCUCAAGAAUCUGAAUCCGAAUCUGAAUCUGAAGAUGAAGAAGAAGAGAAUGAAUCUGACUCGGAUGUGUUUGGUGGUUUUGGUUCUGAUGAUGAAGAUGUGGAUCUUGCACAAACUGUAUCCAAUCUUCAAUCUCAGUUGAAGAAACCAACCAAAGAAAGAAAACGUUUAAUGACAGAAAAAUCCGAAGAAAACGAAUUCAACUUACCAACAAAGGGUAACAAGUUAUCCUUGACCGAUAUGAUGUCCGGUAUUGAGACCAAUGACGCUAUUUUACUCAAUACUGCAAAUGAUGGAGCUGAAAGUUCAGCAUCAGCUACUCUUACUGCACCACUUCCAAAGAGAAUUCAAGAAAGACAUGAUAGAAAAGUUGCAUAUGAGAUCACUAAGGAAGAAGUGAGUAAAUGGGAAGAUACUGUUAAACAAAAUCGUCAAGCUGAAGUUCUUCUGUUCCCUAUGAACCCAACUGUUAAGCAUAACGAUUCAGCAGUUACUUUUAAGUCUGAUAAUAAACCAACCACUGAGUUAGAACAAAAGGUGCAUAGUUUGUUAACUGAAUCUGCAUUAUUGGAUGACAAGAAGGAAGCCACAUUUGAAGAGAUUGCAACUGCUAAGAUGUCUGUUGAAGACUUGAAAAAGAGAAAUAGUGAACUUAGACUUAUGAGAGAACUUAUGUUUAGAGAAGAAAAGCGUGCAAAGAGAAUUAAGAAGAUUAAAUCUAAGCAAUACCAUAAGAUUCAAAAGAAGGCUAGAUUGAGAAACCAAGAAAUGGUUGAAGGAUCUGACAUGGAAUCAGAUGGUGAAGAACAUGACAUUAAGAGAGCACAGGAAAGAAUGUCGUUGAAGCAUAAGACUCAAUCACAAUGGGCCAAGUCCAUGAUCAAGAGUGGAUUGUCUAAGGAUGCAGACAAUAGAGGUGAAUUGGAAGAAAUGUUGAGACAAGGUGAAAGAUUAAGAGCCAAACAAUUGGGUUAUGAAGACGGGGAUCAGGAUGACCGUGGUGUUUCUGAUAUUGAAGCUGCAUAUGAUGAUGACCAAGAAGAAGAUGAUGCUAAUAGAAGUAAACUUGGAAAGGGUGUAUUGAAUAUGGACUUUAUGAAGGCUGCUGACAAGAGAGCCAAGGCUGAAAAUUUGAAGGAAUUGGAAUUCUUGAGAAAGAUGGAAGAAGGUGAUGGACUUGAAGAUUUCGAAGAUGGUGAAUCUAACUCUAUUAAUAUCAACAAGAACCAAGGUAGAAGAGUGUACACACCAAAUGCAUCCGCUAUGAAGGAUGAUGUAAAUACUACCAAUUCCAACACCAGAGAAGAGGUUGAAUUGGACAAUGCCAAGAGUUUGUCAAACAAGUUGAGCAAGAAGUACAAUGUGGUAGACAGUAAGGAUAGAGGUAACAAGCAAGUACAAGAAGAGGUUGUUGUUGAAACUACUUCCUCUCCACAAGUUACAAAUAAUGCAGUAACUGAAGCUAACGAUAGUGAUGAACUGAAUCCUUGGAUGACUGUCAAUUCCAAUGAACCUAUGCAAAAAUCCAAGAAGAUCACAGUCGUUGAUAAAGAUUCCUCAAAGGUUGCCAAAUCCGCACAAAGGAUUGCCAAAAAGGGUAACAAGAGAUCUUCUUCCACUAUGGACGCUGAAGAUACCGUCAUUGACAUGGACCAAACCCUCAAGAUUGUAGAUGCAUAUGGAGAUGACGAAAACGAAGAUGUAGGUGGAAACCACAUGUUUAAGCAAAAGGAGUUGAUCAAGGAAGCGUUUGCUGGUGAUGAUGUUGUAAAGGAGUUCGAGGCUGAAAAGAGACAAGUUAUUGUUGAUGAAGAUGACAAAGAAGAAGAUCUCACACUUCCUGGAUGGGGUGAUUGGGCAGUUUCUGGAAAGAAAAACAAGAAGAAGAAGGUUGUCAAGAAAAUUGAUGGUGUUGUUCAAAAGGAUAAGAGAAAGGAUAAAAACUUGAAGAAUGUUAUUAUUAACGAAAAGGUUAACAAGAAGAACUUGAAAUACCAAUCUUCUGCAGUUCCAUUCCCUUACGAAUCUAGAGAACAAUACGAAAGAGCAUUGAGAAUGCCAGUCGGACAAGAAUGGACUUCUAGAGAAACUCACCAAAAAUUGACAAUGCCUAGAGUUAUUACUAAGCAAGGUACUGUUAUUGACCCAUUAAAGGCUCCUUUCAAAUAGUGUAUCAUAUAUAUAGAAGAAGAAGAUGAACGAAUAUAAAUAAACAAUAUAUUAUAAUAUUAGUAUUGAAUCUAUUUUCAUAAUUGUCUGUCCAA